GUCGGCCUCUUGCACUGGUUUCGUUUUCUUUUCCUCUUUGCUGAAGCUGCUUUCAGCAGGAUGGCUUCUCGGGGCUCUCAAAAGCUGGAAGAUAAGUUAGUAUGCUGCAUUUGUUUAGAAAUGUUCGCCACUCCUGUGACUGCACUCUGCGGUCACAGUUUUUGUGAGAAGUGUAUCAACAGCCACUGGGAUAAAGAGGAGCAGGGACCUGCGAGCCGGAAUGGCUAUACCUGCCCUGAAUGCAGGAAAAGCUUCUCUAAGAGACCGCAGCUCAGCAAGACUGUUCAACUUGACACUAUUGUAGACAUUGUCAAGUUAGGAGAACUGCCGACGCCUGAACCAGAGAAGGUAGCAGCGGUUUGUGAGAAAAGGUGUCCAAGGCAUGGGCGGGCUUUGGAGCUCUACUGCAAGACUGAGAAGCAGCUUAUCUGCUGUGUAUGCGCACUGAAGGCAUGCCAGAACCAUCAGAAGGUUCUGUUUGACGAGGAGCGGAAGAUAAAAGAGGAGAAUUUAAAGGAAACACUGGAGAAAACUGAGAAGAUGGAAAAGGAAAUUAAUGAAGAAAUCCAGAAGCUGGAGAAGCAAGCAGUUGGCAUUAAGGAUUCCUCGGAGAAGUUAAAAUCAGCGGUUUUGCAAAAAUGUGUCCAUCUCAGUGAAGCCCUGAAGGAAUGCCAAAGGAAGGCGCUGGAGAGAGUUGAAAAAGAACAGGCUGCUGCCCUAAACCAAGUGCAAGAGAACUGGAAUCAGCUGCACCAUCAACAGGCCACUGUUAGCGAGCACAACAAGAAGGCCCGGCAGCUACUAGCCUGUCCUGAUGGCAUGGUGUUUCUGGAGGUAUUUUUGGUCCUCCCUACUCCUGGCAGCUUGGAAGUUCCUCCUCUUGAAUUUGAUUUGGCCUGCAGCGUGGAUUCGAUCACUAAGUUCUUCAGUACGGUCUCCCGGAUUUUUCAAGAAGCUUUGUCAAAUUCCUUUAAUCCAGUAGCAGCUGAUGCACAGUCCUCACUGGAAUCUAAGGCAGUCAGAGUGAGAGCUGCACAGUGUCUUCCAGAGACUGAAUUAAGAAUGCAUCUUUUAAAAGAUCAUCGGAAUUUGACUUUUGACCCAGCCACAGCUAACAAAUACCUGCAAGUGUCUGAACAGAACCGGAAGGCCAAACACGCUCCAGGCUCUCGCAGUACACUGUCCAGUCGUGACCCACAGAAGUUUGAGCCAUGGCAGAUCUUGUGUGCCCAGCAGUUCACCCAGGGCAGUAACUACUGGGAAGUCAAGCUAUCUGGCCAGUCUGUUGUUAUUGGCAUUGCUUACGAGAAAAUCCCAAGGAAGAAACGGGCUGGUUGCACAUUCACCAUUGGGCUAGAUAAACUGUCCUGGGGCCUGCAUGUCCAAGAAGAUUGUUAUGUGGCCUACCACAACAGUGAAUCUAAGAAGAUAAAAGAGUCCUUAUGCAAAUUCAUUGGAGUCAAGUUGGACUAUGACCAAGGAGUCCUAUCCUUCUAUGGCAUAGAAGACCAUAUGAAACACCUCCAUUCUUUCCACACUAUCUUUACAGAGCCCCUUUGCCCAAUUUUUUGGCUUUGUGAAGGCACAGCGGUUACCCUUUGCCAAAAGAGUCGAGGUCAAAGUAUAGCUGAUGGUAUGUUUCCUGACUCACAGGCAGUUUCUGAUGCCGUGGAGCAACCAUGAAUAGGCUGAUGGCUCUAGGACACUGAUAGUGAGUCUCUUGAAUGGUUACCAUUCCCAUCAGAGUAGGACUUAAGGAUGCAAUGAAGAUGAUGUGUGUGAAAAAGGAUGAUGAUCUAAACCCUCCCCAUUCCUUAUCUAGCUUCCCAACUAGAGAGUUAGCUAGGCAUCAUGGGACAGAGCUGACACACCUACUACUUAGUGCAGUUUUCUGAGGCUUUCAGCUUGCUUUAAGAAGGAUCCACAAAAAAACAACCAACCUCCAAAGAGCACGGAAUUGCAGUUAAAAUUGAUCACAGCCCAGCUAACCACCAUUGUAGUGGUGACUUCUGUGGCUUGAGAUGGCAAAGAAUUAUUGGCUUAUUGGUUUGGAACAGACUUCAGAACAAUUUAAUGUUCAGGGUGUGCUCAAACGUAACAUCAAAAUCGAGAUUCUGUGCUGUUUGCCCUGAAUACACAUAACAUCCCCAUACCAUGACUUGGCCUGCAGAUUCUAGGGAGGGUACCUUUUUUCUUCUUCUCUGCAUGUAAAUUAGCAGGGAAAAGAGGUAUUGACUGUUCUCUUGAAGCAUCUACAGUUGGCAUUGCAAGCUCACAGUUUUUGGUGUUGGGGUUUUUUUUGCUGUUUCCCUCAACAAAGGAUGUGAAGUGUUUUAAAGGCUAGAGGAAGAAAGAACCUGAGAUAAGGCUGCCAAACUAUUUCCUGUUCUCUCUUUCUGUUUGUUUUUUUAAAAGUCUGGUUUCUGAAUAACACUCUUGCUUUAUUUUCCUUAUCUGCUGCAAACUUGACAAUGGUCUCACAUAACUAACGGGGCCUAUCGUGCAAAAAGAAUUGGCCUGCGGUGCCUUAACAACAGGGUCGCCAGAAGGUCACAGAAAGUGAAGGGGCACAAUACACAGACCUAUGAAUUGAAAACAACUCCAUUGCCCAAAUUAGGGCUGUUAUUCUAAAAUAUUAAGGGGUGUUUGAGUUGUCCAGGUCAGGGGUGUCAAACCUAUAGCCCAGGGGCCAGAACCAGCCCACCCAGAGCUUUAAUCUGUCUUGCAGCUCUCUUCUCCACCCUGCCUGCCCUUAAGCUUCGAACCUCAAGCCCAAACUGCAGCUGAACACAGGAAGCAGAGGGCAGGUUUACCAAACUUCCCAGCUCCUCUUUGCCUGCAGAAGCUCCUCUGGGUUCCUUGGAAAUACACUGCAACACAAUAAAGUUGCAAAAAAAAUAAAAUAAAAUUGCAGAGUGGAUUUUCCAUUCCCGGACUAGUCUGUCUGGCCCCAGGGAUCUUAAUAGAAAACCCAUGCUAUAUUUUCUUUGCAACUUUUUUCUGCAAUGUAUUUCAAUGGAGUCCAUACAAGUUGGCAUUCUUGGCUCCCAUUGUCUCCAAAGGGCAUUCAAGCCUCUCCCAUGUCAAAAUGACCCUGUAAAAAAAAAACCCUUACACCCUGCACCUGGAGAGUCACUGCCACUGUUGAAUAGAUUAGGGGUGGGGAAGAAAGCUUGCAGUGCCCAGCCAAUUCAUGUUUUCCUAAGCACAGAGCAUUAUGUAUUUUUUUCAGUUUAUAUUUUUUUCAUUUCUGCUGUAAUCCUUGUGCUUUUUCUUUAUGUUUUAUUUAAAAGAUUAAAUUGCCAGAUCCCACUAUUCUCCCACCUCUCCAUUUUAGGCAGGCAUUUUUUAAAAGCGAGGGGGAGGUUUAUAACAAACCAGUUAAAAAUAUAGAGUUCUACAAACUCAAGGAACUCCAGUUUUCCAGAGGAAUAGUAGUUUUAACACACACUCCUCCUAAUGUAGGUCUUCAAUCAGAACAAGUGCUAAAGAGGACAACCAAAAUUAUUAUCUCAAACCACACUGUAAAAAACCCUGAGACCCUGGAAAACUGCUGUGAUUCUGAGUAGAUGGGGGAGGCGGAGAAGCUUGCAAUUCCCAGCCAUUUCAAGUUUUCCUAGGCUCAGAGUAUUUUGUAUUUUUUUUGUUUAUAUUUUUGGUUUCUGUUGUGAUCCCAGUGAUUUUUUGAUGUUUUUAAAAUUGCAUUUUCAAAUCCCACUAUUUCCCCCUCUCCUUUAGGCAGCCAUCUUUUAAGGAUGGGGGGGGGGAGGAAGGUUUGGGAGGUGUCAAAGACUGUUAAACAAAAUAUAGCACGAAUUUUAGUGUUUUAAGCAUGUUUGUAUUUGAAGUUAAAAUAAGAAUUUGAAUUGUAUUUGUUGUGUCCUUUAUAAAGUUUAUAUCUCUGCUA